AUGUUCCGUCGUGUUACGGCUGCUUCGGCGAGCUCGCUCGUCGCCGCCCGCUCCUUCUCCAGCACCAACGUCUGCCUGGACAAGCGCAUCAAGGUGAAGAAUGAGGUGGUAGACAUGGACGGCGACGAGAUGACGCGCAUUAUCUGGUCGUUCAUCAAGGAAAAACUGAUCCUGCCCUACGUGGAUGUUCCGAUCAACUACUUCGACCUCAGCGUGACCAACCGCGACGCGACGAACGACAAGGUCACGGCUGAAGCCGCCGAGGCGAUCAAGAAGUGCAACGUUGGCAUCAAGUGCGCCACCAUCACCCCCGAUGAGGCCCGCGUGAAGGAAUUCAACCUGAAGAAGAUGUGGAAGAGUCCGAACGGCACCAUCCGAAACAUCCUCGGCGGUACGGUGUUCCGUGAGCCGAUCAUCGUCUCCAACAUCCCACGUAUCGUCCCGCAGUGGCACAACCCCAUCGUGGUCGGCCGCCACGCCUUCGGCGACCAGUACAGGGCGACGGACGCUGUUUUGAAGCCCGGCAAGCUGCAGCUCGUGCACACGCCCGCCGACGGCAGCGCGCCGACAACGCUGGAUGUGUACGACUUCAAGGGCGACGGUGUCGGGCUGGCCAUGUACAACACGAAGGAGAGCAUUGAGGGCUUCGCGAAGAGCUGCUUCCAGUACGCGCUGAUGCGCAAGUACCCGCUCGUACUGACGACGAAGAACACCAUCCUGAAGCAGUACGAUGGCAUGUUCCUGCAGACGUUCCAGCGCAUGUAUGACGAGCAGUACAAAGCCGACUUCGAGAAGGCCGGCAUCACGUACAACCACCGCCUCAUCGAUGACCAGGUGGCGCAGAUGAUCAAGGGCGAGGGCGGCUUCGUGUGGGCGUGCAAAAACUACGAUGGCGACGUGCAGAGCGACAUCGUGGCGCAAGGCUUCGGCUCGCUGGGCCUCAUGACAUCUGUGCUGAUGUGCCCGGAUGGCAAAACCAUCGAGGCCGAGGCCGCCCACGGCACGGUGACGCGUCACUACCGCCAGCACCAGCAGGGCAAGGAGACGAGCACGAACUCCGUCGCCUCCAUCUACGCCUGGACGCGCGGCCUCGCCCAUCGUGGAAAGCUCGACGGCAACAGCGACCUCGUCAAGUUCUCGGAGACGCUGGAGAGGGUGGUCGUCAAGGCGAUCGAGGAUGGCCACAUGACAAAGGACCUGGCUCUCUGCGUCUACGGCUCCAGCGGCGUCAAGCGUGAACACUACGAGACGACGGAGCAGUUCCUCGACAGCGUUGAUGCAGCCCUGAAGCAGGCGAUGGGAGCGUAA